GUUCGCUCUUUCCCGAUUCCAGGAGUUGCAGGAUGGCACUUCCUUCGCCGAAUGUGGCUGUCGUGUCGGGAUCUUCGCUGCAGCCGGAGCCGUUGCCGCCGGAGCUGCGGCAGGAUCUGAUGCCGAAGCACGUGGCGGUCAUAAUGGACGGAAACGGGAGGUGGGCCAAGAUGCGGGGUUUGCCACCGUCGGCUGGUCACGAGGCCGGCGUAGAGUCGCUGAAGAGGAUUAUCGAUCUGUGUGGCAGUUGGGGGAUUGAGGUUCUGACCGUUUUCGCAUUUUCUGCUGAUAAUUGGAAACGCCCCAAGGUAAGCAUCAAAAUCACACUAUCAUUAUUUUCUUUUAGGAUUUCCCAAAUCCUUUUGGUAUUUUAUAGGGAAGGCAUUAAAAUAUCAGUGAUAGGAGACCAAUCAAAGCUCCCAACUUCUCUACAAAGAAUAAUAAGCAACGCAGAGGAGAGGACGAAGCAAAACUCAAGACUACAACUAAUCAUAGCAAUUAACUACAGUGGCAAAUACGACGUCGUGCAAGCCUGCAGCAUAGCUGGGAAGAUGAAAGAUGGCGUUGUGAAAGUAGAAGUUAAUGAAAGCUUGAUCGAACAAGAACUGGAAACAAACUGCACCCAGUUCCCAAACCCAGACCUGAUGAUCCGAACCAGUGGCGAACUCAGAGUGAGCAAUUUCUUAUUGUGGCAAUUAGCUUACACAGAACUUGUCUUUGAUCCUCAACUCUGGCCUGAUUAUGGUAAGGAGCAGUUUGUGCAAGCCUUGGCUUCAUUUCAGCAAAGACAUAGGCGCUUUGGUGCAAGAAAAUAA